AGCCAAUCUUUCUCACUUCAAGCUUAAAAUGAAAGAACCGGAGUAGGUCUUGAUGCCACAAAAGGUGAUUUUUAGCGAUCUCGAUGGCACGUUGCUCCACAUUGCGGACGACGCUUUGCAAAGACAUGGCACAAUGUCAGAGGAUGGCCGUACGUUCGAAACGGUGCAAGGAGUAAACAUCUCGGUGAGGCCACUUCCGCCAUCGACCACAGGAACGCAAGCUUUUAUCAGUGAGCGAACUCUGCAACUCGUGGCCGAGAUCAGGCGAUCCGGCCACCUUUUUGUGCUGAUCAGUGGUGCAAGAAGUAGCACCUUCAUGGAACGCUUGCCCUACCUGCCUGCAGCAGACGCCUAUGUAAUGGAGAAUGGGGGUCGAAUAUUCUUUCCUUCUAGCGAUUCCCUCACAGCUGCGCCUAUUGUCGAAGACUUGGUAUGGCGUGGCCAACAUGUGGCCUCUCCAAUGGUGGUCGAGUCGGUCCCCCCUGCGGAGCGCCCCGGUGUGCUUUGGGAGCUGUACAACCGACUGCAGAAGGAGGGCUGGGCAUGUGAUGCUAAUAGAUAUUCGACAGAUUUCAGAGUCAGUGUGAAGAAGUCGACAGGCAAAACUGCUGCUGAUCUUGACAAGAUCAUAUCAAGUCUGCCUCCGCAGUUGGCAAGCUCAUUCAACUUGGGUAGCGCAGAUUUUUAUCCUUCGAGCAGUGGUAAAGACAAAGCUGCAGAGUAUUUGAUCAAGAAGUUUGGGUUUACCAAGGCCAAUUCCAUAAGCAUUGGUGAUGAUGACAAUGACCUAGCCCUGGCACAGGUUGUUGGCCAUACCUACGUUCCUGGCUUCACGGCGGAGUCCAUGAGGAAUGCUGUUGCAACAAAUCCACUGGCCUUUACAGUAGCAAGCAGCAGUGCAUUCUUAGGAACUCAUGAAGUCUUGGAGAAGAUACAAGAGCUGCCGACGGCCCUGUCAAUCAGGUCCACUCGACCUUUGUGGGUAUGCUCUCUUGUUGCACUUUCGCUCAUUCUCUUGGCCAAGCGCAGGCAGAGAAGAAUCUAGUUCUCUACUUUUCAAGGCAAAGUCUUGAAUCUUUAGCAUUGGCCGUGGAUAUCAAGUUGCGCCGAAAUGUGUG